AUGCUCGGAGCUAAAUAUGAUUUUAGUCGAGAUCGUGAACGACGAGCUGGUGUUGAUGAUAUGGUUUUCAUGUCAAAAAAUACCGACUCUGAUAUAAGCCAUAAUCUCAAAAUUCGUUUUGAUGUUAAUUAUAUUUAUACAUAUAUUGGUUCUGUUCUAAUUGCUGUAAAUCCAUAUAAAGAUGUUGAAUAUUGUCGUGAUAAUCAUAUGGAAAAAUAUCGAGGAGCUACUCAAAUGGACAAUGCUCCACAUAUAUUUGCUAUAGCUGAAGAUAUGUUUAGUAAUAUGUUAAUUGAUUCUGAAAAACAAUGUGUUAUUAUAAGUGGUGAAUCAGGUGCUGGUAAAACAGUUAGUGCAAAAUUUAUUAUGUCUUAUAUUGCUGAGGUAUCGGGUGGUGGUCCAAAUGUACAACGUAUUAAGAGUGUUAUUUUACAGUCCAAUCCAUUAUUAGAAGCUUUUGGUAAUGCAAAAACAAUUCGUAAUGAUAAUUCAAGUCGAUUUGGUAAAUAUGUUGAAAUAAUAUUUUCACGUGGUGGAGAACCGAUAGGUGGUGCAAUUUCAAAUUUUCUUCUCGAAAAAUCACGUGUAGUUAGUCAAGCUGAGAAUGAACGUAAUUUUCAUAUUUUUUAUCAAUUAUUAUCAAGCAGAGAAUUUUGUCAACAAUAUUCAUUAUCACAUGAACUUCGUUUUCAAUAUAUUAAUCAUGCUGAAUCGAGUAGAGUUGCCAAAAUUGAUGAUACAAAAGAAAUGCAACAUACACUCCAUGCAAUGGAUGUUAUGGGUUUUUCAUCAGAAUCAAAACAAAGUAUAUUUAGUUUACUCGCUGAUCUACAAGCUCCUUGUGCUUAUUUUGGUAUUCAAAUAGAUUAUUUAAAAACGAAAUUAAUUUCGAAACGACUCGAAUUUAAAGAACAUCAAAAAAAUGAACUAAUCGAUCAAACAUUUACUGUUGAUAAAGCUAUAUUUACACGUGAUGCAUUAGCUAAAUCAAUUUAUUCUCGUAUUUUUGAUUAUCUUAUUCAAGCAGUUAAUUCAGCAUUUCAAACAACAGCUAAAUCCGAUUUAUCUAUGGGUAUUCUUGAUAUAUAUGGGUUUGAAAUAUUUGAACGAAAUAGUUUUGAACAAUUUUGUAUAAAUUAUGUUAAUGAAAAACUUCAACAAAUAUUUAUUGAAUUAACAUUAAAAAAAGAACAAGAAGAAUAUAAACGUGAAAAUAUUCAAUGGACACCAAUAUCAUUUUUUAAUAAUAUUGUUGUUUGUGAUCUAUUUGAAGCUAAACAACCACCAGGAAUGUUUUUAUUACUUGAUGAUAUAUGUCUUAGUUCACAUGCAACAACAGAAAAAGUUGAUAAAAGUUAUUUACAUAAAUUAAGUAGUUUAUCAAAUCAAUAUUUAAUUGUUUCACCACCAACAUUUACUGUUAGACAUUAUGCUGGUGCUGUUAUUUAUCAUUCAGAUCAAUUUUGUGAAAAAAAUAGAGAUAUUUUAAAUAUUGAUUUAAUUGAAAUGAUGCAAUCAAGUACCAUACCAUUUGUUGUACGACUUUUUCCUGAACAAACAGCAAACAUUAAAUCUCGACCUACAACAGCUGGUACUAAAAUUCGUACACAAGCAAAUUUACUUGUAGAAAAAUUAAUGGGUUGUCAACCACAUUAUGUUCGAUGUAUAAAACCAAAUGAGAAUCAAGCACCUAGUGAAUGGAAUUCAUCAAGUGUUAUUGAACAAGUUAAAUAUUUAGGACUUGUAGCUAAUAUUGAAGUUCGAAAAGCUGGUUUUGUUUAUCGACGUGAAUUUGCAAAAUUUUUAAGCCGAUAUGCUAUAUUAACAAAACAAACAUGGCCGAAAUGGAAUGGAAAAGUAACAGAUGGUGUUAUGCAUAUUGUUGAUACAAUGCAUCUUGAUCGACGUGAAGUACAAUUAGGCAAUACAAAAGUAUUUAUUAAAUCACCAGAAAGUUUACAUAUACUUGAAGAUAUGCGUCUACGAAAAUUUGAUAAUUAUGCACGUAUCAUACAAAGAGCAAUGAAACGUUUUUGUGCUGUACGUGUCUAUCAAAAACAACGUGAACAAGCUACUGACAUUUUAUAUGGACAUAAAGAACGUAAUGCACGUUCACUUGAUCGUGAUUAUGUUGGAGAUUAUUGUAAUCUUCAUCAACGACCUGAUUUACAACGAUUAAUACCACGUAGUGAAAAAACAGAUUUUAGUUCAUAUUUAUAUAAAUAUGAUCGACGUUUUCGUCGACAAGGACGAUAUUUUAUUAGUACAAAUCAUGCAUUGUAUAUUAUUGAUGAAGAAUGUGUUAAAAUUGGUAGUAGUGGAAAAUCGAAUAAUUCUACUGUUCAAAAAAAUAAACAACAAGAAGGUUAUACAAUAGAAUAUAAAAUAAAACGACGUAUAUCAUUAGAAAAUAUUACUGAAAUUAAAUUGAGUGAAUAUCGUGAUAAUUAUUUUUUAAUUUGUGUCAAUAAUGAUUAUUCAACAUUAUUAGAAUUAUCAAGUAAAACUGAAGCUAUUUCAAUUAUUUUAAAAAAUUAUUUAAAGAAAACUAAUCGAGUAUUACCAAUUACAUUUGGACAAGGAUUUGAUUAUGCAGUUAAAAAACAAAGUUGGAUAGGUGGUGGUACACGUAGUGUUAAAUUUGCUCAUGCAGCUACAGCUGCAUUAAUGAAUCAAAUCGAUCCAAAUAAAUUACGUAAAGGUGUUGAUAUGCCACGUGAUUAUGAUGUAAAAAUUAAUCGUAAUACAAUGACUGUGAUGAUUUCAAGUGGUUUAUCAAAACAAUCGAGACCUAAUCAAACAAAUGCUGAAAAACCACGUGGAUUACAAUUUAAAUCAACGACUAGUAAUACUUCUCGAAAACCUCCAGUUAAACCUCCACGACCGGCAGCUGCAAAACCAAUGAAACAAAAGAAACUUCGAGCAUUAUAUGAUUUUCAAGCACGAUCAGCAGAUGAACUUUCAUUUUUUGCUGAUAAUGAACUCAUACUUAUUGAAAAUAGUGAUGAAACUUGGUGGAAAGCAGAACUCGAUGGAAAAAUUGGAGUUGUACCGUCAAAUUAUGUUGAACUGAUUCGAACACCAAUUGUAAUCAUCAAGCCUAUUCUUUAUGGUAAUACAGCGAAACAUUUUGGUUCAAAACGAGAUUCUGAUGGACAUACACAUAAAUGGACAUUGUAUGUUCGAUCAUUUAAUAAUGAUGAUUUAUCAACAUAUGUAAGUAAAGUACAAUUUCGUUUACAUGAAACAUAUCCAAAUCAUACAAGAAUGAUUACACAAGCACCAUUUGAAGUAGAAGAAAGUGGUUGGGGUGAAUUUGAAACACAGAUAACAAUUUUUUUUGCUGAUCCUAAUGAAAAACCAGUAGUAUUUUAUCAUCAUUUAAAAUUAUUUUCAACAGAUCCAGAUGUUGUUGCUGGUACAAAAGCAUUAGUUAAUGAACAUUAUGAUGAAUUGAUUUUUCAAGAACCAUCUGAUUUAUUAGCUCGUUUGCUCAAUUGUGCUAAAUCACUUGCACCACCAACAGAUGAAAAUUUAGCAACAGAAAAAGAAUAUGCUGCAAAAAAAUUUGAUACAAUAACACGUAUAAAAAAUGCUCGACAACGAGUACGAAAUGAAAUACAAGAUCUAACUGAACGUCUUCGUAUUACUCAAGAAAAUAUAAAACGUGUUCGACAAAAAUCAAUAGAUAAUAAUUCUUCUAUGGGUACAUUUAAUAUAUCAACACAUGAUAAUAUUAAACGUGAAAUAGUCGAUUAA